AUGACAUCAGUGGCUGAUGCCUCAAUGGAUGUGGUUGUAUGUACCCUGUUGACUUGUUUUGUGCCAAACACGCCAGCAGUACUGAAGGAGGUGCAGAGAGUCCUCAGGCGGGGUGGAGCUUUCUACUUCAUUGAACACGUAGCCUCCACAGAUGAGUCCAGUUGGACAAGUUUUUUUCAGAAGGUCAUGAAUCCAACCUGGCAGCUGAUUGUGGAUGGUUGCAAUAUACGGAAAACCACAUGGAAGGACCUGGAAGAUGCCAACUUUUCAGAGCUGAACCUACGCCAUAUAUAUGCCCCUACAUUUUUGAAACUUGUUAACCCUCAUAUUAUUGGAUAUGCUGUCAAAUAA